AUGAAGUUUCACAGCUUGGUCGCUUGUCUUUCGCUGCUGGUCGUCGCAGGAGUGAGUCACGGCCUCCCAGCCGUCGUCACGGCCCCUCCUCAAGUGGCCGCCCAGUGCCCCUACACGCCGGGGCCGAUCCCUCUGCUGCUGCCCAACCCCGUCGACUGCGGCUCCUUCUACAUGUGCAGCUGGUACGGGACGGCCCUGUUGCAGCACUGUCCUCCUGUGCUGCACUUCAACGCCAAGCUGCAGCUGUUCCAAUGUGACCACAACGCAGCUGUUCCCGUCUCCAAUGUGACCACAGCUGUCCCUGUCGCCAACGUUACUACAGCUGCCCCAGCCUCCAAUAUAACUUCAGCUGUCCCAGUCAACAGAGCAGCCACAGCAGGAGUGAGUCACCGCCUCCCAGCCGUCGUCACGGCCCCUCCUCAAGUGGCCGCCCAGUGCCCCUACACGCCGGGGCCGAUCCCUCUGCUGCUGCCCAACCCCGUCGACUGCGGCUCCUUCUACAUGUGCAGCUGGUACGGGACGGCCCUGUUGCAGCACUGUCCUCCUGUGCUGCACUUUAACGCCAAACUGCAGGUGUGUGACUCUCCUGAACACGCCAACUGUAUCGAGAGAACUACAGCUGCCCAUGUCUCCAGCACCUCAACUGCUGCUCCAGCCUUCAAUGUGACCACAACUGUCCCUGUCUCCAACGUAACUACAGCUGUCCCAGUCUCAAAUAUAACUACAGCUGUUCCAAUCAACAAUGCGACCACAACUGUUACUUCCUGUACCCAGCUGGUCUAUGUCUCUAUGCAUCCAGUGUCCAGGGUGACCACGCCUGGACCAGACCAGAGUGCGAAUCACAAGCACAAUCAAAAUGCCUCCCAAUGUGAUGGAAAAUAA